AUCCUCCCUGCAGUGCGUAAGAGCGCGAUUUAGGAUUUAACCAAGUCUUUGCUGCAGGGUUGGUUGCAGUCUUUAGCAGAGCCCGUCGGCCUGAGAGCCUCUUAGCACAAUGACAGUGUAGUCUUGGAGAGUCCUGAUUGCCUUUUUUUUAUUAAUUCAAAGAAAAAAAGAAGAAGAACUCACAUUUUGCCUCACUUAAGCAUGACCGGAGUUUUCGAUCGGAGGAUCCCGAGUGUGAAACCUGCAGAUUUCCAGAGCUCUUUUCAACUCUCCGCCAUGCAUCAUCCGUCUCAGGAAUCUCCUACUCUACCCGAGUCCUCAGCCACGGAUUCUGGCUAUUACAGUCCAGCCGGUGGAGUCGCUCACGGCUACUGCUCCCCCAGCUCCACUUCAUACGGGAAGUCUCUCAACGCUUAUCAGUACCAGUACCCGGGUGUCAACGGAUCUGCUGGAAAUUACUCCACCAAGUCUUACAGUGAUUACAGUUCGUACACGACCCCCGCGUACCACCAGUAUGCCGGGACUUACAACAGAAUACAACCCCAGCCAAGUCCACAAGGUGCGGGCCCGAACGCCUUACUGACGCUUGCAGAAAAGGAGAUUAGUGAACCAGAGGUGAGGAUGGUGAACGGCAAACCGAAGAAAGUGAGAAAACCCCGAACAAUUUACUCCAGCUUCCAACUGGCCGCCCUGCAGAGGAGGUUCCAGAACACGCAGUACCUGGCAUUGCCGGAAAGAGCCGAGCUGGCUGCGUCGCUGGGACUUACUCAAACACAGGUGAAAAUUUGGUUCCAGAACAGAAGAUCAAAAAUGAAGAAGAUCAUGAAAAACGGCGAGCUUCCACCGGAGCACAGCCCCAGCUCCAGCGACCCCAUGGCCUGCAACUCCCCACAAUCCCCGGCUGUUUGGGACACGCAGGGCCCCUCCAGGUCGCACAACCUUCAGCCACAAAGCCUCAACACAGCGCCUUCUAAUUUUUUGGAAAGCACGGGCUCGUGGUACACCCCCACCGGCGCCUCAAUGACUUCUCAUCUUCAGACCCACAACUCGUUACAGCACUCGUUGGCUCUUGGAGCUGGGACGUUAUAUUGAAAAAAAUGGGGGGAAAAUCCUGUUGUUCAUUUCAAAUAUUCCCCUUCUCCUUCUGUUGGACUUGUGUUCACAUUUCAGAGGAAUAUGCAAUGUAUUUGAUGACAGUCAUAGAGGAAACGUGUAAAAUGUGUAAAUGUGUGCAUGUAAUUUAUUGCAUUUUGGAAGUCUAUUAAACGUUUAAAUGGACAGUGCU